UUUUGAAGCAACGCAGCGAUCAACAACACUAGUAUCUGAUGGGUAAGAUCGGCUGCAACAAUGAUGGAAACCUGGAUAACACAAAAUUCAGCCAGCCAAUGCCAUGGAUUGGCAUCUACGUUGCAGCAGCAUCGCUGGCCUGCCUCAUCGGAAUGGCUGCGGAUGCCAUCCACGGAAUCCGCAACCGGAAAUUCUGGUUCCCCUGCAAAUUCUCCUCCCUCAACGCCACUUCCCUCACCUUGUUAGCCGUAGCAAUAAAACUGUCAGUGGAUCUAAACACCUCCAUGCCUGGCCGCCACGAUCAGCUUGCAAAGCUUAGCAGCACAGUCUUCAUGUGCACAGUAAUGGGUAAUUCUAUGCCUUCUCUUGCAACCAUGGAGAACAAAGAUAUGUUUAUGAACAUCAUAGCCUUGGGAAUACUUGUUAUUACUGUUAUUGUGAAUAUCUGCAUCCAAUUAUCUACCGGGGUAAUCUAUAUUUUCUGGGAAGAACAUGCUUCCAUCCUGUUCAUCAUGCUUGUUUUGCUUCUUAUCUUGAGUUUCUCUGCUUUAACCGUUCCAACCACCAAGCAGUAUUUGGAACACAAAUACAACAAGAAAUACGAAUUAGCUCUGAAAGAAGGCUCAAACGACAACCUUAGAGGGGAUAUUAUGAAAUAUUGGAUGAUGGCUCACACAUGUAGCCCCCAGUUUGUGAUGGCGCGUUCAGUGACGUGCACUGCUUCUGGAGCAUUCUGUCUUCUGAGUGCUGCAACUUUAGCAGAAGCCAUGCUUAGAUCAUACUUUAUGCCAUGGUCGUGUAAAUUCUGCAGGGGAGAGUCUGAUUAUAAAUGGUCGACAACUCUAGUUCUCGUUACACAAACUGUUGCAGUAGGAGUUGGAACAAUAGCCCCAGCAUGCAGAUGGUUCGUCGCCAUCAAUUACAGUUGCCCGAAACGACGAAAUCAAAGCUGCAGAUACAGAAAAUUUAAGGUAGAGCGCUACUGGGUACAGAGCCUAGUAGAGAUGAAGGAGUGCCCGUUAAUUUUGGGAAGAAUCCGAAGUCGGCACUAUAGGAAGCUUGUCCAUGAUGGGAAAAAACGAUUCUUGAACUUGUGUAUCAGAGUGCAGAUGGGGAUUGUGAAAAUGAGCAAAUUGAUUUGCCUUAUUUCCAUUUUCUCUGUGAGCCAGAUCUUGUUAUGCUGCAACUACUGCAAAGAGUUGAAGAAGAGAUUCGAAUUCAACAAGAGUGUUUCAAACACUGAUCAAUCAGCUUUCGAAUCACAGCCUUUCCCAAAGCUGGAUCUUAGCCGUUUUGUUCUGCAUCUUGAAGGGGAGGAUGAAUUGGUUGGAUUGAUGAUGAAAUGCAGCUGUGACCCCACUGAUCAUUGGAUUCGGGAAGGUGACAAGAGACGGCCUAAAUACCUCAUAGAACUGUUGGAGAUGUCGACACAAGGAUUCAAGGGAGUGGGGGAGUUUGACAGUAACCAAGUUCCAUCUCUAGAUUCUGAAGAACCACCAAAUUGUUGGGUUCUUCCUGUGGUGACACUGACAAGUAUUGCAGUAGCACUUCCAAACAUCAGCCCUGGAUUAAUCAAAAGCUUAAUAUGUAGUGUGAAUGAAGGUUUGAUGUAUGCAAGGCUCAUAGAUAACCUGGAGGCAAAAGGAGAUUUGACCAACAUCAGAAGUGCAGCAGACGUUGUCUGGCUAGGAGUUGAACUCUAUCACAAGUGGUUGGAUGUGGAUCUCCGCAAACUGUCCCUUCAAGAAAAAACCAUGAAGGAAACACUUCAAAAACUUGCAGAUGCUGCAAAGAGCAGGCUUGUGGAGUUCCACAAGGAACAAAAUAAUCCUCAAUGUUUAAUGCGAAGAGCUUCCAAGUGGCCCAUCAAGGUAUUGGCUGCAAAUUCCAUGUACAGAAUAACUCAAACUUUGCUGCUGAAAAGUGAAAGCAGAGAUUAUCAGAUGAGUGAGAAAUUAUAUGAAACAGUAGUUGUCAUGAUCUCUGAUAUACUGGGUGCUUGCCUCACUAACAUACACAGACAUGUGUCCAUGAAGUGUUUGAGCAGCGCCAUUGAAGAGAGGGAGGAGUGUGUGAGGAAUGCAGUUUCCAUUCUUGGUAAAACUGAAAAGAUUAUGGAACUCCUAGAAAAUAAAGCUCUUCCCAGUUUAGAUCAUCGUCAAUGUCCAAUGACAUGCAUUGACGAGUGGCGCUCGUUAUACAUGCAGAAGAAGAAACCCUUGCCCUUCAUUUCCUCUCCAUCAGAGAGCGAGAUAGAUUCUUCCAAGUCAGGUGAAUUGUUCCUAACCAUUGACUAGAAUCGACAAGCCUGGAGUUCCAAAACAGAGGAAAAUAAAUUGUUUUGGUUCAUAGAUUAUGAUUAUGUAAAUACUUGUAACCACUCUCACUAUGAAAUAAAAAUUUUGUUCAUUUU